CCGCGCAGAAAACGCUUCAUGACCCCGGGGCUGCCCUGCCCCCUCCUGGGACGCUGCAGCUCCUGGCCCAAGGCCCUACCAGCCCUGCUGCGCCCCAGGAUGAUUUGAGAAGGGGCUCUCCGGAAAGGCGCUGGAGCCUUGACACAGCCCAAGGGAAACACCAGCUCCAGCCCGUGGUGGUCUUGGACUCACAGGCGGUGCCGCUUUGGGUGACGAAGAGGAAGAUCCGUCAUAAAAAGUCGGAUGCGUGGUCCGCCUGUCGGGGAAAUAAUUGCCAGCAGCCCGUUUCCCCCUUUGCCCUGUCUGUAAUCUCAGAAACGAAAUCCAGAAGUAACAAGGUCAUCCCCAGAGAGGAUGGCGGAGGCACCAGUAGAAAAGCCUGUAUCAGUGGAUUCAGCUCCAGCCGAUGGGGGAAACAGGCAAGGCGCCAAGUCAGACGCAAGAAUAUAAAAACUCCAUGGCAGUAUGCUGAUGGCUCCUUUCAAGAACAAAUGAGGCAAAGAGGAAUAGAGAGAGAUGCCCUGGAAGUGUCAUCGUCUCUUCUAUUUGACUGUUCUUUCCUCAAUGACUCCCAGCCGUGGGCCAGGGCUCGGGCAUCUCUCUCUCUCCACAAGAAAAAGAAAGUUGCCAUAGAGGAAGGAGCCAGUGGCAGCAUCCCUUCUACGCCUUCUUUCAAAUCACAGCUUGUAGGGUAUCGUAAGUCCCCAUUCAUUCAAAGCGUUGGCUACAGUAAUUGGCCCACCUCCUCAGUGCUCUUGCUGACUCCCAUGAAGUCCCAUUCUGUUCUGGAGGUGAUGCUCACAGAUGCAGAGAAAGUGUAUGGGGAAUGCCAACAGGAGGGUCCUAUAUCCUUUGAGGAAUGUAUUCCCCCAGAUAAGAUGAAGAACUGUUUGAAGAUUGGGGAAGGAGUAUUUGGGGAGGUAUUCCAAACCACCAGUGAGAGAGGAGCUGUGGCUUUAAAAAUCAUUCCUGUUGAGGGGACUAAGAGGGUCAAUGGAGAAGCUCAGAAGAACUUCAGUGAGAUCUUGCCAGAGAUGAUAAUCUCAAAGGAACUGAGCCUUUUGUCUCAGGAUGUAGAGAACAGGACUAUAGGGUUCAUUGACUUGUACUCCGUGCACUGCGUCCAGGGGGCAUAUCCUGAGCAUCUUUUGAAAGCCUGGGACAAAUACCAUGAACUGAAUGGAUCUGAAAAUGAUCGGCCAGACCUGUUUGGAGAGCAGCAGCUGUUCAUGGUCCUAGAAUUUGAAUUCGGAGGCAAUAACUUGGAGGACAUGAGAAAGCAGUUAAAUUCAGUGGCAACAGCAAAAAGCCUACUGCAUCAAGUUACUGCUUCCUUAGCUGUGGCAGAGGAGGCCUUGCGUUUUGAGCACAGAGACUUGCACUGGGGGAAUAUCCUGGUUAAGAAAACCAAUUUGAAGGAACUGAGUUAUACUUUGAAUGGAGCAGUUUAUACAAUCCCCACAAAAGGGAUUCAAGUGAACAUCAUAGAUUAUACCCUGUCUAGAAUGGAGAAAGAUGGAUUAACUGUCUUUUGUGAUAUUUCUACUGACAAAGAGCUAUUCCAAGGAAGAGGUGACUACCAGUUUGAUGUCUAUAGGCAGAUGAAAGAAGAGAAUUCUAACAACUGGGCUGACUAUCACCCCCAUAGCAAUGUCCUGUGGCUGCAUUAUGUGGCAGAUAAACUUCUGAAAGAGGUAAAGUAUAAAAGAAAGACAUCUUCCUCCUCUGUCUGGAAAGGCAUACAGAAGGAGCUUCAAAAGUUCCACAGAGAAGUCUUGAACUUUAGCUCUGCAGGUGAUGUUCUACUCAAUAGCAGCUUUUUUCAGUGAUCAAAAUGGACCUUAAAGUGAGCGAUCACAAAAUUAUGUCCUUGUACUGGUACUUCCUUUGCUGUAUUUUUGGAUUAUUUUAACUUUGAUAAAUUUGACAUGGUGUAGAGAGUAAAUGACCAUGAAUUAAAUGUUUACGUAUUUAGCUAAAAUAUGUAAAGAUCUAUUGUUGCCAAAAAAUCUUGCAAAAGUCAUAGUUCAAAUAUUAAAAAUGGUUCUUCCACACGCUAAGUCCUUAUUUUGAGCUAAUUUAGAGACCAUGAACUUUAAACUCUUUUGCCACUUACCUUAAAUCACUAAAACUGAUUAUUUAAAUGAGCCGUAGUAAAAUCUAGUCUUUUCAUUUCUCUCCCACACGAAAAUUAAGAUAAGACUAAAUAUUGCUAAUACUUUUGAGGCAUUCCUUUGUAAUGAAAAUUGGUUUUUGUUUCUCUUGUAUAGACCCAGCUUUAAAAACAUGCUCUUAGGGCUGGUGAAUUUCCUGCUUUAGCAGAAUCAAUUUAUGCCAGAUUAUAAUAUGUAAAUCCUGACAGAAAAUCAGAUACAAUACUCCCGGAUUUUGUAGGAAAGCCAGGCUUCAAAUCUGAAUGCCUCAAAGUUUGUGGAAGAGGAUUCACACACUGAAAUAAAAAAAAAAAAAAUACCUGUGUGUUUUUUACAUUUUUCACGUUUGUAAUAUGA